AUGCAGCAUACCAAGGCAGGCUCUUGCGAAUCCCUACUUCCGUCGUCCAUCUAUGACAGUUUGGAGAAGGACAGAACGAUUCGCCUAUUGACAUUGACAUCUGGCUCAGGCGACGCCGCGCAUGCUUGCACGCUCGAAACCGUCUUGCUCGAUGAUUGUCCGCCCUAUGACGCGCUGUCAUAUGUGUGGGGCAAUGCUACUGAACGAGAGCCUCUGCUGUGCUCGAGCAAGCUCUGCUCAGGUAGCAGACUGAUGAUUACCCAGAACCUCUACUCUGUGCUUCUCCAGUUCUCUCAUGAUGGCCGUACCGAUCAUCUCUGGGUUGACGCGGUGUGUAUCAACCAAGAGGAUCUGGGCGAACCAAGUCAGCAGGUUAGCUUUAUGGGGGACAUCUACGCCCACGCACGCUGUACAUUAGUGUGGCUUGGACCACCAUCUGAUUAUGAUUAUCAGGCAUUCGAAGUCGCCGAAUGGUUGGUCAACGCGGCUAGACCGUUUUCAGAGGUUGAAGAAACCUCAGCCUGCCUUCUGCUGAACUUGAGUGCUAUAGGGGUCGGGCUUGUUGAAUCGGGGUCACUCGAGAAGUAUGACACGGACAAGACUAAGCUCAUUCAACUUGGGCAGUUGUUGACUAGACCAUGGUUCCAACGUGUCUGGAUCAUUCAAGAAGUAGCAAAGGCUAAGGAAGUCAAAAUGUUGCAUCCGAAUCGAUCAAUCAGCUUCAGAACUUUUUUCAUGGCUAUUCAAAUAUUAGUGGACAGCGGACUUGGGGUUUUCUGUUGCAUUGACACUGAUAUGCACGCAGCACACAGAUCAGCUUUCGACAAUGUGGCUUGGUUGGCCAUUAUUCAACAACGUAUCGCUAUGAAGAGGAAGGAUGCGCUCUUUCGAUUGAUCAACGUGGCUCGGAGUUUCGAGUCUACUGACCCCAGGGACAAGUCAUAUGGCUUACUAGGUAUGGCCUCGUCCUCGGAUACGCUCAAAAUGGAACCCAACUAUUCCCAGGCUCCCUACGAGCUGUUCCGAGACGUCGCCAUCACCGAUGUCAUACAUCACAGGCAACUACGCAUGUUGUCGUCCGCGUCAUACGAGACUCGUGUCGAAGCUCCUACGAUUUGCCAUCAUGAAUACCAGACUGCCAAAUUAGUGUCUCGUGUUUCAAAACUCACAACUAGAAGCCUUUUCCCACCUCUGGUGGUUGAGCAGGAUCCCGACGAUCCGUCAAAAUGGGUUAUAGUAUUUGCAACAAUGUUCGCGAAUAUUCUUGCUUGGUGGAAAGAGUGUCUGGAUGUUGGUUUUGGCCACGACUGUGUCAUUUCCGAAGUCGCCAAUACUCCCGCCUGGGAGACGUUCUCGAGCACUGUACUACUACUCUGCAUGCCAGAGCUUCCAUCGCAAGCACUGGAAAAAGAUGUGGAGUGUGUUUUCCAACGACUCCUGAGAGGGGUGAAUCUGGGUCAAUGUGCGUAUCAAGAUUUCGUGGACUGGGAUUAUUGGUUCAGAGACUGCACGGAACCCGAUCUUCGGGCUUUCCUCAAAACAAGUAACCGUUUACAGCAGGUCUGCUCUCCGCAUGCCUCAGGACGCAGUUUCUGCCGAACAGAGACUGGUCACCUUAGCUGGGUCCCGUCCGAUGCUAAGGAGGGUGAUUGUGUCUGCAUGCUUUUCGGUGGUCAAGUUUUCUACGUCCUACGGCCGGCCGGCGACGAACACUAUCAACUGAUCGGAGAAUGCUACCUACGUGGGCUUAUGCAAGGAGAAGCAGUCAACAAGCUAGGAGAUGAUAUUCGACAUUUCAACAUACGAUAA